AUGACCGACAACAAUCACGGCCAUAAUAUCCCCGACCAGCUACCCGACAGCAGGAGGGAGCCGCACCGUAUUCGGGAUUUCUUUUCUGUGCCUGCUCCUGUGAAACGCGUAUUCGAUCGCUUUCCGUUAGUCACAUACCCUUCGAACGAGCUACCACACUGCGCCUGGCCAACACGACAUGGAAAUCGACUGUUUGUUUUCAGCGAUGUCGCGGGAGCGCGGAGAGGGCGACCUUCUUUCAAUCCACAAUGCCUCAAGUGGCAGGCCUACCUCAAAUUCGUCGGAAUUGACUUUGAACUUGUCCCCUCAAAUAACCACGCAUCCCCGUCCGGCGUGCUCCCCUUCCUCCUCCCUGCUCUUCCCGUCGGCGCCAGUGCGCCGAUUCCCUCCAGUAAACUCCAGAAAUGGGCCAUUGAAGAGGUUCAUUGCGAAGAAGAGCAGCAAUUGAACCUCCGCUUCGAAGUAUAUUCGUCCCUGCUGGAUAACCGGAUACGGAAUGCUUGGCUAUAUCAUCUUUACUUGAACCGCGAGAACUUCGAAGCUGUUGCGCGACGCCUAUACGUUGACCCGUCCACCGCCGAUCCGAUUGUACGCACAGUAUUAGCCGCGCAGUUGCAGCAAGCCGCGCGCGACGAAUUACUAAAGUCUUCGCCUUACAUUGAUGCCAGCGCAUUGGAAGCCGAAGCGGCGGAGGCGUUCGAAGCGCUUUCUACAUUACUGGGCGAUAACAUUCACUUCUUCAGCCGGCCGAAUCCUGGCUUGUUCGAUGCAAACGUCUUCGCCUAUACGCAUUUGAUUCUAGAUUCGAAGAUGGACUGGAAAUAUAACAGGCUGGAACAGUUACUCUCACAACAUGAGAAUCUUGUUCAACACCGGGAAAGGCUGCUAAAGUUCUUCUAG